AUGUUUCUGGUGUUUCGCUUCCUCAUAUUCCUGUUGUGCAUCCAUAUCGCUGAGCAAUGCGGGGCCAAAAAGGAACCGGAGCGUCCACCACCACCAGCACAGGCUGGUGGGAUUGAAUCGCCAAAAGCGCAGGAGGUUGACUCAUUGUGUCUGGCAUGCAGUAACUUUCUCACUCAAAUAAAAACUUCUAUUCCAAAGAGGCUGGACGCAUUGUUGGAUGGAUUCCAAACGUUUGCUCAACUGUACUUACCGUACUACAGUUCUAUAGGCAGUUACGUAGACGACUAUCCUUUCGCAGCUCUCGGCAGUCUACACCACUUCAUGGGUGAAGUUGAUCGAGAGCUUGUUUCCAACGGCUACCUUCUGAGGCUUACGAACCGGAGCGCCCACCACCACCAGCACAGGCUUGCUGGGGUUGAAUCGCCAAAGGUGCAGGAGGUUGAUUCAUUGUGUCUGGCAUGCAGUAACUUUCUCACUCAAAUAAAAACUUCUAUUCCAAAGAGGCUGGACGCAUUGUUGGAUGGAUUCCAAACGUUUGCUCAACUGUACUUACCGUACUACAGUUCUAUAGGCAGUUACGUAGACGACUAUCCUUUCACAGCGCUACGUGCAGUCGUGAGAUUACUUCUUCGAACUAUUCAUCCUCAAGGAGUAUGCACACAGUUCUUGAUGUGCUGA